AUGGAAUCUUCAAUGAGUCAAAAAACUAAAAUUAAAGAAGAUGACUUUAUUGCAGUUUAUCUACUCAAAACAAAUAGCGAUUACGAAUACGAUAACGACAAAGCCAAUUUUUUUGCAACUUCGCACUUGUCAAGUAAUUAUUUCAGUGAAGAAUCAUUUGAUUCUUCAGCAGUUAAACUGAACAGAGAAAGAGAAGGUUGUUUCAUUGAAAAGUUAGGGAUAUUAUUUUAUAAAACCGCAGGAUCAGAUGAAUUGAUAGACACAUUUGAGCUUCAAAAUAUUUUGACCAUAAUGUUCAAAGAAAAAAUUGCAGAAAAUUUCAGUCUAGAAACGACUAGAAGCAUUCUUGCUUUAGCAGAUUCGAACCAAGACGGACUUCUGAACUAUUACGAAUUCAAAAGACUUUGGUUCAACAUAAUGGAAUGGAAAAAAUGUUUUGAGGAAUCGGAUAUAAAUCAAGAUAAAAUGAUUGACAAAGAAGAGUUGAAAAAAGUUUUUGAUGAACUAAAAAUCCCAGUAAAAAACUCCACUUUAAACGCAAUAUAUUUUCGAUACAGCAAUAAACAAAACUUGAUAAGUCUCGAUGACUUCAUACAAAUACUAUGCAAACUCACUUCUGUUUCUCGUUGGACUCAUGAAUUUAAAGAAAAUAUUACAUUAGAUGCCUUUAUGAAAGCACUUCUUUACUGCUAG